CUUUCUCUUUGUACUAUAUUUUCUUCACAAUACUGAAGAGCUUCUUCUUCUCUCUCUCUCUCUCUCUCCAAGUUGAAUUUGACUCUACAAACCGUAAACCCUAAUCGAAGAAUUGUUCAGUUCAAAUCCGUUUCUACUUUCUUCUUCUUCCACGUUGAACCGGAAAUGGUUCUGAUUUCUUAGUCAGUUAUCAUUUUCAGAGUCACAAAAAUGGGUAGACGUCAUGGUUGGGAGCUCCCUUUUCACACUUUUCAGGUUGUGGCUAUAACGGUUUUUUUCUUGUUAUGCAUUGCAUAUUAUGCCUUCUUUGCUCCUUUUCUUGGAAAGGACAUCUAUGAAUAUGUUGCUUUUGGUGUUUAUUCUGUACUGGCACUCUCUGUAUUCCUUCUCUAUGUUCGAUGCACUGCCAUUGACCCCGCUGAUAUGGGAGUAGUGCUUGAUUGUGACAAAACUUCUAAGAAUAGAUCAAAACUUGAUGAAGAGUUGGCAGAACCCAACAAGAUAGGACUAAAGGAUGAAGGAUUGUCUGAUCAGCACAAUUCGAAUGGGUGCUCCAAAAUCGGGUGUUUCUUGUGUAGUUGCCUUGCUAUAGAAGAUUGCCGUAGUGAUGAAGAUUUUAUUCUACAGCAACAAUCUGGCGAGGAGGAUGCUUUGUUCUGUACUUUAUGCAAUGCUGAGGUUCGAAAGUUCAGUAAGCAUUGUAGAAGUUGUGACAAAUGUGUUGAUGGAUUUGAUCACCAUUGCCGGUGGUUGAACAAUUGUGUUGGAAGGAAGAAUUACAUCUCGUUUGUGUGUCUAAUGGCGGUGAGCCUGCUUUGGCUUGUAGUUGAAUGCGGAGUUGGGAUUCUCGUGCUUGUUCGAUGCUUUGCUGCUAAGAAGGAUACAGAGUAUCUGAUAGCUGAAAAGCUUGGAGCUGGAUUCACCCGAGCCCCUUUUGCUACAAUAGUGGCCAUAUGCACAGCAGUUUCUUUACUUGCGAUUAUACCACUGGGAGAAUUAUUCUUUUUUCAUAUGAUCCUGAUCCGAAAGGGUAUUACAACGUAUGAGUAUGUUGUUGCCAUGAGAACUAUGACUGAACCACCCGGUCCUUCAGUUGACGCGGGUGAACAGCAGAGUCUACCUUCAUCUCCUACUAGUUCAGCUGUCACUGCGAUAAGCGGAAGAAGCUCUGUCGGAAUGAGUUUGCAAAUCAAAGGUGCCUGGUGUACACCUCCGAGAAUCUUUAUGGAUCACCAGGAUGAAAUGAUACAUCAAUUGGAGCCAGGCCGUCUACCAUCUACUAUGGAUCCAGAUGCAAUACAACCUGACAAAGGAAAAAAGUUGAACCAGCGCCCAGUGAGAAUAAGCGCAUGGAAACUUGCAAAAUUAGAUUCCAACGAUGCAGCUAAGGCAUUAGCUAAAGCUAGAGCAUCAUCAUCUGUGCUUCGUCCAAUUAGUUCUCGAUCACAUGCAUAUGAUGCAGAUCAUUUAUCAAGUAGCAAUGUGAGUGGAAGAAGCACCCCAAAUAGCAACCAAGGAUUUCAUAACAAAUAUGAUGCAGCCGGGACAUCAAGGCUAUCUCCUUCCAAGAGCUCAUACCCUCCCAGUCAAGCAAGCAGGGAAGAUUCAGAUGCAUGUCACCACAGUAUGAGUAACUUCAGCAGUCCACAAGUCUCCAACUUAACUCCUUCCCCAAUGCAGAGGCCAGGUUUGAACCGAGACCAUUUCAACCCCAUGUAUCAGCAGCCAUCUCAAAAUCCUUCUCCUUCAUCAGCUGUAGGAAGCCAUGGGAAUGUAAAUCUAGUUCAAGAAAAUGGUGCUCGUGUGCCAAUGAGAAAUAACAACCUCGCUGUUUCAGAGAAUAGAAGCUCGUCAGUGUUUUGGGAUCAAGCAGCGGGCCGCUUUGUCCCGAACACAUCUAGAGCUCAAGGCAGUUCUCAGGUUCCUGGAACAGAGUUAACGUACACUGGUCGCUCUAUAUUUUUUGGCAGCCCGGCUCUGAGUGAACAACAGUCAAAUGCCAGAACAAGAAAUAAUAGCUCAGUCGCCGGUGUUUUGGACAGAGAUAAUACAGCAAGGGAUUUUCAGCAAGGUAGAUCACAAAGAGGUGCGCAGCUUCCGGUGUUUGUUCCCGGUUAUUCGCAGCAAAACAAGUUCUCAUAGGGUAUGUUUAGGUUGGUGACAUAAUGUGGAAUGGAAUGUGAUAACAUCCAUUUUUAAAAAUCUAAAUGGUAGAAUGUUAGCCAUUCCAUUCUACUCCAUUUCACCAUUAGCUGCAAUUUUUUCUUCAAUUUAUUUGAAAAAAAAAAUCCGUAAACAUGUUAUCGAUUUUUAGUUUGUCUUGUUGUUGCCACUGCCACCAUGUGGUUCUAGUAUGUUCGCCAUUUCAUCAUCUGUACAGGCUAAUGGAUCACAACCUUCUUCUCUGUACAAUUCAUUGACCACUGUCAUUGCAUUUCAGUGUUGUAUUUGAUCAUAGGGUGUUUUCAUAUGCUAAAUUUAUGGUUUUAUUUCUUUUAUCUUUA